AUGAUAAAAAAAAAAGACAAGGAUAAGAAUGUUUUUGAAUGUAUUGAAAUGGAUGAAAUAAAAAAUAUACAUCAAAAAGGAUUUGAAGAUAAUUCAGAAGAUGAUAAAUUAAAUUUUAAUGAUUUAAGUCAAUAUUCACCAAGUCCCGUAAGUAAACAUUCGCUAUUAGAAGAAAAUAAAAUAGUAGAUAAUAAAUUAUUUGAAAGUUUAAACAAUAUAAAUGAUGAUUUAAAAAAUAGUGAAAUAAAUUGGUUUGAUGAUAAUGAAUUUGAUAGUGAAAAAUAUAAUACAUUAAGUACAGAAGAAAAACUUUCAAAUUUAUUAACAGGAGAAAAUUCUCCAACUUUAUGGUGUAGUAAUUAUGUUAAUGCAAUAAAUAAAAAUAAUAGAAAUCUUAUUAAUAAUUCGUAUGAUAAAAAUUUAUCAAAUGUUAUGAACUCAAACUAUAAACAUAUAAUAAAUAAUAAUGAUAAUUCAAUCGAUAAUAAUAUAAUAAAUGUAAAUAAUUUAAAUGAUGACAAUUUAAUAAAUGUAAAUAAUUUAAAUGAUGACAAUUUAAUAAAUAAAAAUAAUCAGAGUGAUAACAAUAUAAUAAAUGUAAAUAAUUUAAAUGAUGAUAAUAUAAUAAAUAAAAAUAAUCAGAGUGAUAACAAUAUAAUAAAUGUAAAUAAUUUAAAUGAUGACAAUUUAAUAAAUAAAAAUAUUAAGAGUGAUAACAAUAUAAUAAAUAUAAAUAAUUUAAAUGAUGAUAAUAUAAUAAAUAAAAAUAAUCAGAGUGAUAACAAUAUAAUAAAUAUAAAUAAUUUAAAUGAUGACAAUUUAAUAAAUAAAAAUAAUCAGAGUGAUAACAAUAUAAUAAAUAAAAAUAAUCAGAGUGAUAACAAUAUAAUAAAUAAAAAUAAUCAGGGUGAUAACAAUAUAAUAAAUGUAAAUAAUUUAAAUGAUGAUAAUAUAAUAAAUAAAAAUAAUCAGAGUGAUAACAAUAUAAUAAAUAAAAAUAAACUAAAUGAUAGUAACUUAUUAAAUAGAAGUAAUAGUAAAGAUAGUAAUCAUAAUGAUGAUUAUGAAAAUUUGAAAAAUAAAGAAAAAGAUUAUAAUAUAGACAAAAUUCAUAAUGAAGAAGAAAUAAGAAGAUAUGAAAUCAAGGAAGAAGAAGAAAAUAAUAUAGAAGUAAAAGAAAAGAGUGUUAAUAACAAAACUCAUGUCUAUUUUAAUAAAAAUUAUGACAUAAAAAAAAAAGUACUUAAUAAAAGUAAAUCAUUACAAGAAUACCUCAAUAUCUUCCCCAAAGUAGAAAACACUUACUGUAAAAAUAGUAAUUCUCUAAUAGAAUGCUUAUCAGAAAUAAGUGAUAGAAAUAAGAAAAUAUUACAUAAUAAAUUAAAACCAUAUCGUUAUUUUGAUUAUCAAAGAGAAAAAGAAAAUCGUAACAAAAUUAUAAAAGAAAAAAAUAUAUAUAAUAAUUUUAAACAUGAAAAAAAUUCCUCAUUUGAAAAGAGAGAAACAUCGAUAAAAAAAAGUUAUGGAGAAAAUAAAUUUAAUGAAACUAAUUUAGAUCAAAUAGAAGGAAAUGAAAUACAAGAAGAAAAAAAAUUAUAUAAUAAUAAGAAAGAAUUAAAAAAGGAUCUUAACAUAAAAAAUAAAGGAAUAAAUUAUAAGAAUGAAUUUUCAUCUAAAAAUGAAAUAUAUAAAAAUUAUAAUGAAUUAAAUAAUAGCAAUAAAUAUUGUUCAAAAAAAAAAGGUUCUAUCAAUUAUAACUAUUAUGAUAAUAGAAAAAAAAAAUUAGGUUCCGACGAAUUUUGUUUUAAUAAUAUAAAAAGAGACUAUAGUUUAUCAGAUAAAGAAGUAUAUAAUGAAGCAAAUAUGAGUAAUAUGAAAAAAAUUAUUAACAAGAUAGAAGAGUCAGUUGAGAAAAAAAAAAUUAAAAAACAGUUGAUUAGUGACUACGAAAAUAUAUUUAAUAAAAAAAAAGGUUUAAAUGAUGGUACAAACGAAGAGAAAGAACAUUCCAUUACUCCCUUGAAUAAUUUUAUUACAUUAUCUUCUAAAAUGCAUCAUAUAGACAAACAUAAAUUAAGGAGAUCUAUUCUUUAUAAUUCUCUUAAAAGAAAUAACACUUAUAAUUACACAUAUAAAAAUAUAUCUUCAUUAGGUAAUUAUAAUAAUUUAGAACUGUUUUUUAAAAAAAAAGUUUAUAGUAGUAGUGAUUUAUACAACAUAAAAUUUCCCAUAAGAAAAUGUUUAAAAACCUUUAAAAGUUUUAAUAGAAUGCUUUCUAAAAAUAAAAAAUAUUUUUUGUCUGAAAAAAAAAAUAGAAAAAGAAAUUCGUUUGAUGUAUAUAAGGAUAGUUGUAGUGACAAUUCCAGCGAAGAAAUAUAUGAAGAGAAAAAAGAAAGUAUUUAUAAAAUUAAUAAAAAAAAAUCAAAUAAAGUAAAUUCUGAAAUUUUAGAUGAAAUGAGUAGAAAAGGUUUUAACCAAAUGUAUAAAAAAACAUUAAAUAUAAAUCACAAACAGAUUUCGGGAGAAUAUGAAUUUAAUGAUAAAAGUGAAAAUUUUUAUGAUAAUCUUGAUGUAAUUAAUAAUAAUAAUCAAAAAUUUUACCAUAAGAUUCCAUACAUAUCUAAAACAGAAAUUAAAAAAAAUCUAGAAAACAAUGAAGUUCUAGAUUAUAAGGAUGAAAUAAGAGACUAUAUAAUUAGUAAAAGAAAUACUAAAGAAAAUAAUAAUGAUAAUAGUAAUGUUGAUAAUGCUUUGAUAAAUAGUAUAAAUGAAGAUAAAAAUUAUGUAUCUUGCAUAAAUAAGCAGACAAGUAUGAGUAAGAAUAAUAUGAAGAGCAUAAAUGAAUGUGUUUUAGAAGAAAAAGGAAAAGAUACAAAUAGAAUAUUAAAUUAUGAUGAGAAAAGUAAUGAAAUAAAAAUAAAUAAUGAAGAAGAAUCAAUGAAAGAAAGAAAAGUUGAAUUGAAAAAAGAAAUAAUAAGUAAAAAUAUAUAUUACAUGAAAAACGAAGAAUAUACAAAUAGAGGACAAAAUGAAGUGACAGUAAAAAGGGAAAAAAACAGUGAGAUGAUCGUAGUGAAAAAUGAAGAAAAAAAAAUAGAUAAAAAUGAUAAUACUAUUAAUGAAGAAAAAGAAAUUAAUAAUGAAACUGAAGAAGGAAAAAGUGAAGAAAAAAAAAAAGAAGAGAGUAAUACUACUCCAAAUGUGAACAAAUUAAAAAGAAGAAUAAUUGAUUGUAAAAAUGAUAAAUUAAAAUGGGGAACCACUCAAGUUAUUAUUGAUAUUGAUGAUACAAUAAGAUCAAGUGGUGGAUAUAAAUUAUUUAAUUAUUCUUUAGGUGGAGUAGAUGCACAGUAUCAAAGAGGAGAAACAUAUCCAGGAUCUUUUCAAUUUAUCUUUGAAUUGGCUAUGAAUAAAUUAUCAGCUGAAUCUAAACCACUUUUAUUAUCCGUUUUAACAGCUAGAAUUCCACAAGUACCCAUAACAGAAGAUUCAUAUUUAAAUAAAAAAUUUAACGAAGUAGCUGAAAGGAGAGGAAUAAAAAAUUGGGGUAUCGAUUGUGAAAAUAAAACUUUAUAUUCAACUUUAAAAGAAUGGGUAUGGAAUGAAACAAGAGGAGAAAAAAAAUUUUUUAAUUUCAAACAACUACAUAAAUAUGUAAUUCAACAGAAUUCGGUUGUUAGAUAUAUAUGGAUUGGUGAUACAGGAGAUAUGGAUAAACAAGCAGGAGAAAUGAUGAUCAAAACAUUUCCUCAAAGAAUUAAAGCUGUUUUUUUACAUCAUGUAAAAGGAAAGGAUGAUAAUACUUUAUUACCAAGUGAUUAUUUUAUUAAAUCAGUCCCCAUUUUUUUUUUUAGAACUUAUAUAGGAGCGGCAACUAAAGCUCAUGCAUAUAAUUUAAUCGACAAAAAGGGAUUAACAAGGGUUUUAGUUCAAGCUGUUUUAGAUUUAGAAAAAAGUAAAGUUCCUGCAGAUUCAUCUAAAUGGGAAGACUUAGUAAAAGAUAUUAUUUUAAGUAAUGCUGUAGACGAAUUAGAUAAAUAUAAUGCUGAAACAGUUAAUAGGACUAAAAAAAUCAUAGCACAAAAGAUGAAAGAAAUUUCAGAGAGAAAACUACAAUUUAUCAGUUAA